UGAGUGAUAUAGUCAACUAAAGUUGUCGGCGUUUUUUCCAAAUUGUUUUAAAACGGUGUGUGUAUUUUUGUAUAUCAUACUAAAUAUUAAUUAUCAGUUAGUAAGUUACUAAUUUAUAUUUAUUUUUACUCAAAAAUCAAAAUGAGUCGUAAAGAAGCAUUAACACAGUUUAUACAACAAAUUCAUGGUCGUCCGGUUGUAGUGAAAUUGAACAGUGGAGUCGAUUACAGAGGUGUAAUGGCUUGCAUUGAUGGUUACAUGAAUAUUGCUCUCGAACAAACAGAAGAGUACAUAAAUGGAGAACUUAAAAACAAAUUUGGAGAUUCUUUUAUUCGUGGCAACAAUGUACUGUAUAUUAGUACACAAAAAAGGAAAGGGGUAUAAUAUAUUUUGUAAAUAAUGUUAUUUGUAUUCUCAAUUUAUAUGUUUGUGAAAAAUAAAAUUCAACAUACAUAUAUUUAUAAGUUUUUGUAAUAAAUAUUAAGUAUCUAUAAUUAA